CGAAAACCUGAACUACGCAGUGUGUCUCGGGCAGUGUCAUUGAAAAUUAAAUUGAUUCUCGAUAUGAAAUAUCGUAGCAAUCCUCGCAAAUGGUGCAAUUCCGCUAUGUGUUCAUGAAGUGGGAGGAUAAGUGAAUUCUGAAGAUUCUGCCUGCACUUAUAGUUUUUCAACAGAGCCCCAGAAAUGGAGCUCCGUGUGGGAAACAAGUACAGACUAGGUCGGAAAAUUGGAAGUGGUUCCUUCGGGGACAUAUACUUGGGCACCAAUAUUUGCACGGGUCAGGAGGUAGCUAUUAAACUAGAAUGCGUCAAGACGCGCCAUCCACAACUCCAUAUAGAAUCCAAAUUCUACAAAAUGAUGCAGGGAGCAGUUGGUAUCCCCAUCAUAAAAUGGUGUGGAUCAGAAGGCGACUACAAUGUUAUGGUGAUGGAACUUCUUGGACCAUCGCUUGAGGAUCUCUUCAACUUCUGUUCCCGCCGCUUUACCUUAAAGACUGUACUUCUCUUAGCGGACCAGCUUAUCAGUCGGAUAGACUACAUCCAUAGCCGUAACUUCAUUCAUCGAGACAUCAAACCUGAUAAUUUCUUAAUGGGUUUGGGUAAGAAAGGGAACAUGGUUUACAUUAUAGAUUUUGGGCUUGCUAAAAAAUUCCGUGAUGGCCGCACCCAUCAACAUAUUCUAUAUCGGGAAAAUAAGAAUCUAACUGGCACAGCAAGAUAUGCAAGCAUCAACACACAUCUUGGUAUAGAACAAAGUCGGAGAGAUGAUCUGGAAUCCCUUGGAUAUGUGCUAAUGUAUUUCAAUAGGGGGUCUCUACCAUGGCAGGGGCUCAAAGCAGCAACCAAGAGACAGAAAUACGAACGCAUUAGUGAGAAGAAAAUGUCCACUUCUAUUGAAGAAUUGUGCAAAGGAUUUCCUGUUGAAUUCCCUACCUAUUUAAAUUAUUGCCGUGCACUCCGGUUUGAAGAGAGACCAGACUACUCCUAUCUUCGGCAACUCUUCCGAACUUUGUUCCACCGCCAGGGCUUUACUUAUGACUAUGUUUUUGAUUGGAACUUGCUCAAAUUUGGUGCUUCGAGACAUGGUAAUUCAGAAGAACAGCGCGAGCGGCACACAAGAACACAGCAAAGGACCGCUCCUGCUGGAGCCGCAGCUUCAGGGGCUACUGCUGGUAGGAGUAGGGCCAACUUCGAGAUGGGAAAUACCAAUGCUGGACCAACUCCCCCAGUCACCACUGCCAGCCCCACAACUGCCUCACCACGGUUUCGAGUAGCCUCGGGGGAAAUUCAAGAGCGAAGAGUAAGCAUGCGUUUGCAUAGAGGUGCAGUAGCCGCAGCCAACCCCAGCAAUGAUUUAUCUACGCCAAGAGGACAAGAACCAAAGCCUUCAAAAUAGCUCAUGAUGGUGACUGCAGCUAUGAUUUCCAAUUAUAUUUGUUGUUGUGCUCUUCAAAGACUUCAAAACCAUUAUUUUAGUGCUUUUAAUUUUUAGUGAAGAUUUUAGAGCUCACGCUCAUUCUAUGUACUAAAUGGAUUCAGUGAAAUGUGUACAAUUACGUGUGUACUCUAUGUUCUGAGUGAACUUCUAAUGGAGCCGUCCAUUGUUUUGUUUGAAAGUUCGAAUGGAGUGCAAAUGGCGCCGCCGGUCUCAAGUCCUGGCACAGGACCUGCCCGUAGAGGCAGCAUAUCAAAGGACAGCCUGCGGCAAAAUGGCAAGAAAUGAAGUGAGAAGUGGAAGAAGUAAAUGUGAUGGGGUUUAUAAUGAACUUUUCCAAGCUGCCCCAUCAGAACCCUUCAAGAGUGAUGUGUUGAACUCUCAGCUUCAGUGAUCAACAGAGGCAUUAACAGUUUCUUUUAUGCCUCUGUAAAUAUUUACUGAUAAAUUUAAACAACAUGAUAAUUUAAGUUACCGACUUAGUGUUCUUUGCUUCAAGUAAUAUACUUGAAUUUAGGGAACCUAUUUCAGUGUUAUUUGAAACGUUUAAUUCUCUUGGCCGUCAGGACUGAAUGUGUACACCAAGCACUGUUUGUUGUGUUGUUUAGAACAAAGUCAGUGCAAAUAAGUGAGAGGUCCUGUUUUUUUCUUUUUUUGUUUGUUUGUUUUUGUUGAAGAGGUGUGUCUGCGGCCAAGAGAUCAACAAUAUGGGACUGCCCGUGUUCAGUCCUAUCUGUUUUUUUUACUUGUCCUCUGCAAUUUUUAUCCUAAGCUAUCGGGUAAUUUUAGGAAUUACUUUGGCCUCCAUUGAUACGGAGAGAGCCUCAGGAUAAGUUGCAGAGGGCUAUCAGGUAACCAAAGCCUGAAGCAAGUAGUUUGUGUGUGGCUUAAUUUGCUGGAAGGCUUGCAAGUUUCUGCAAGAUUUUGAAAUAAAAUUUUAUCUCUUGUCUGGUUAUUCAGUGGUGCUUAUUAUGUGUUACAAAUCCGUUUCAUUUGCAUAUCUACCAUAUCUGUUGCUCAUAAAGCUACCUGGAAAGGUACAGUACCAUGCCAUCCCUUCAGUGAUGUGUUUAGCAUUUUAUUGUAUGUGAACAAGUGAUGUGUAACUAUGAAAGUAAAACAAUAGUGUAAAAAGAUAAGGAUUUUGACCACGCUCUGUGGAUACCUGUGCAUAGCGGCAGUUGUACUUUUUUUUUCUCUUAAUUUUUGUUUUGCUUGUUAAUUGUAUUUUCGGAUUUUAUAUCAGAUUCAAAAUUUUAAAUUUAGCGUUAGACUUAGUCUGGUGUUUUAGGCUUUAAUGCAAAAGUUACAACAAUGGGAAACUCCACCUUUUGGGCUGUGUCAAUUUUUAUCUGUUCUUGGUUCUCUUGAUCAUAGCCUUUCAUAAUAUUAAAUAUAUCUGCUUUCUCACUUAUUGUCAAAGUGCUCUGAGUUAAAGGCAUUCUUAGUUAUCAAUACCAUUUUAAUUUAUAAAAUUUCUAAUUAAUCGGUAAAGGCCAAAUGAUUUAAAUCAUUAAUCAAUAUGUAAAUUUGUUACAUAUUAUGAAGGUAUCUCCUCACUAUUAUUAACAAGGCACGUGGAGAUGUGUUCUUUGCUGUUCAUUUGGUGUAUUUGUUACAUCCUAAUAAGCUUGCAUUGAUGUUUAUAAUGGACUGAUAAGAGAGCAUUGUAUAAAAUGCUUCAUCCUAGUUUUUGUACAGAUUUAUGAAUUGAUAAAUGCAUUAAAAGGGGUAAAACGAAUUUGUCUCUGCACUUUGAGCAUUUUAGUACAGACAUGUAGAUUAAGAAAUCUCGAGAUACCAGCAUUUAAGAUGGUCCACUAAACAAUGGUCAUGUUCUGUGCCAAACCGUACAAGCAUCUAGGAUGAUUGAAAAUUUCCCCUCCCUGAUGAUUUUUCUUGUGUCUCGAUUCAAUAUUUGAAUUUAUUGUGCAUUGUUAUUAAACCUAGGUUCCAAUAUUUGAACUUUGUUCAGGUCAUUGAAGGGAGGUGUCUACAUGUAUAUGGCAUUUCUGUAUUAAUAAGUCUCUAAUGAUCUCUGCAUUGAUAAGUCCAAAGCUUUUUUUUUUUCUUCUGUUUUAAUUCAUUUGUGUUGGACAGAUCAACCACAUCUUCAGCAUUGCUCUCUUAUAACAAUGUUUCCUGAAUGGCUUGAAUAACAAUCUUAAAUGGAUCUGCAAUUGAGGGGAGGGGAUUGGCAUGGCAAUGUACAACUUCUUAUGUAUACUUGACACAAUGUGGCAGCGAGUCCUACUCAUCACUUUCUUUUUUCUGUUCUAUGUCUUAAUAUUAUCGUGCUAUUUGCAUAUAUAAUUGUGAUCAUGUGUUAAAAACUUUGAAAGUUGUUUGUUGCUCCAACUUUCUUUGCUGCAUUUUUGUAUGUGUUGUUUUUAAACAGACAAUUGAUAGUUUAUUUGUGUGCUAUGUGGGUGGAGUUGGAUUUCAUGUUAUUGUAUGUGGAUAGUUUGUGCAGUGUGGCACAUCUGCCAGUAUGCAAGUGUGAUAGCAAACAUGUUGUACAGAUGAAAAUCAGUAGAGCUUCUACUCGUGUGGGCCCUAUUGACGUACAAUCUAGUUUAUAUAUUGUACUUGACAAAGUAGGGUUGAUUUUCUUUUCUUUUUAAUCAGUGGCUUACUUUUAAGUGUCCAAACCUGACUAAUAUAGACAUGUCAUUAAUCAAUUGACUGCAAGGAAACAAGGAAAAGAGCUCACCUAAGAUGAAAUUAUCUUAGAAGAGCAGGUUGUUCUUUUUUGCCACCACUAAUAUCUAAAAAUGGUUUCCACACUGACAAAAUUCGCAUUUUCAAUAGUUUCAGAUCUUUCCGUUUUCAUCAGGGUGUCUGCAUAUCAGUAAAUGAAAAUGUUCUCUAGGUACUCUUAAAUGUUGUAUGUAUAUGUAUCCUAUCCUUAACAUUGGAUUUAAUGUCUUUAAUUCUAAAAUAGUAUUGUUCACCUACUUGAUAGUGUCUGCUAGGUUUCUUGAUGUCUGAAGAGAGUUAAACCUCAAAUCAUCAAUAAAAUCUGAACCAUACAUUUCAGCUUGAUUUUAUGGCCACACCAGUAUUGAAUAUUUUCAUUUCUAAUGACAAGAGUUAUUACUGUAGCUCAUUGCAAUCCAAAUAGAUGUUCAGAAAUUUUUUUCCAAGAAACAUGUCUGUAUCACCCUCUCCCACCCUCCACUACAGAAAACUAUUGAUUUGCAUCAGUUGAUCCAAAUUUCUCAAGUAUUUGUUUCACAACUCUAAUCUGCCACAAACCUCAUGUUCUAUUUCUGCCCACCCCUGUUUUUGUUGAUUAGUAUGGUAUUCCAUCCAUCCGACAAGGGGUAUUCGCUCAUCAACGCUCCUUUUAAAAUAAAAUAAAAUAAGCCUUUUUGUCAGGAACACUAAGGCAAUCGCGAAAUUUGGUAAAACUGAUUAUUACACUUCCAAUUCUAAUACAUAGCAAGAGUUACAAUCUUUUGAUUAGGACUGAAUGCUUUGUAAAAAUUAUUGAACAUAUCGAUCAAUGGAACUAUUCAUUGAACUGCUUAGUCAUUUCACCCCGAUUUCUGGACUAACUCUCUUAUUAUUAGAAUGUAGUAGACACCCUGAAUGAUUCGGUAUGCCAAAUGUAAAUGUAAUGCUGGUCUAUUGUCAGCGGCGUGUAUGUUUAGAGGAAGUGUGUGUACAUUAUUUUAUUUUUUAGUAUAUUUCAUCUUGCUGGGCAUAAAGUCCUGCACCCAAUUUUAAAGUAAAGCCAUUUUAAAAGGUGGCUUGUUCUAGGAGGAUUGGAAAGAUUUUGUCUAAAAAGUAAUUUGUGCAAAUAUGAAGUUAAGAAACUAGAAAUGUGGCUUAUCUGUAUGGCUUCCCUUCCCUUCCCUCCCAUUAUGACCUCAAGACUGAUGCAGAGUUGAUAUUGAUUGUGGUGAUAAAUGCAGAGGCAUAUUGGAUUCCAUUGUCCAAUUCAAUACUUUGAUUUUGUUUAAAAAUUCAGGUGCAGUAGGCUCCGUUAUCCAUUUAAGGUUGAAAAAAAUAAAUAACUGCAAGUCAACUUUUCUCCUAAUUGUAAAGUGGCAGGUUUGAACUGACAGAACUUAUAUCACCCACACUGAUGUGAGAGAAUUUUAUACAUAACACAAUUGAUGUAUGUAGCUUUCCCUUUUUAUUCAAAUAUGGAAAUAAAGCCAAUUUGGCAAAAAACUUAAAAACUCGGAAA